AAUGGUGAGCUACCAAGUUGCCGCACGACCCUCUGCCGCAGAAGUCAGUAACUUUUUCCGUCAUCAAAGCGAAGCCACUCCUGUCGCAAAAGAAGGCAACACAUGCUCAUGCGAUUGUGCGUCGCUGUCGAGACGGACGUCACGACGCAGGUCCGUCACGUAGGUGGAAACAAUAAUAAGAAUAAAGUAGCAGCAGUGAGAAGCUAGAAUUUACACUGAGAAUCGUUCGUAGAAUAAAGUAGCAGCAGUGAGAAGCUAGAAUUUACACUGAGAAUCGUUCGUUCCUCUUGGGCCGUUCUUGCGUUAUAUUCCUAUUGCUAUUGAGGAAAUUCUUUUUUGGAAGUUUCCAUAUUUAUUGUAGUUUCAAUCCGCCCCCGCUCAGGCUCCACAUCUACAUUACUCGAUCCACCUUCUACCUUGAAUGACUACUAUGAAAAACUUCAUCCUACCCUUUAUGUUUUUUCUUCAGUCAUUGUGCAUGUGCACGAGGAGCGCCCGGUUCAGACCUGACUUUGAUGUUCUUCUAACGAAUAGUGCUGGCGCUGGCAGCUUUGUCGUACUUGUCAGUCGUGCUUUGAUAUUGUUGCAACCCUUGGCCCCACAUUUUGUGCAUAUGCAUGCUAGUUCUAGCACGAUAUGCGUGUGCGUUUUAGGAGAAUCAAAAUAUUCGGUGCCUGUAUUUGAUGUGAUUUCUUAA